AUGGUCAUGCCAUUUUGGUCAAUUUUACGCACUUCGAUUCUUUUCGCCACCACCUUUUCAUUCUCUCAAACCCAAAUAUUCACAUCCCUGAUUCACAUGACAGAUUUUGUAGGACUGGAACAAAGCUUCUAUUCAUAUUUGGAAAAGUAUUUACAGAAAAAACCCUCUGCUUCGUCCGAAUUUCACCAGUUUGCACACCUUGUCGGCCAACAUGUGAAAGAUAUUGAAGACGACGACAUGGAAGUAUUUCUUGGACAUCCUGUCAAUUCGUAUUUGCUUGUACGCCGUUUCUUACGCGAUUGGAGAAUCGUCAUGGAAAAAUUGGCUGCGAUAGAUCCUGUCGGUAAAGGUAACGAAUAAUCUUUCCAGUCCUUUUAACAAGAACAACAGAAAGAAAGUUAUUUUUGUCAGUAAAUGAAAAUCACCUUUUCAAUUGAUUAAUCCUAUAGUGUUGGUAAGGACGGAAUUGUUCUUUGUUGUUCUAUUACAGCUAGAUACAUCGUAAUUUCAAGUAAAUACCAAAAUGAUAAUUUGAUUAUGUUGUACAAACAAGUGUUCGUAUUCCCACUCAUGCAGUUUGUAUCCAUAACAGGGUUUAAAGAGAAAGAAGAAAUUUAAUCAAUCUCAACACUGAAAAAAAGUCCAAACUUGAAGCAUUUAUACAACAAACUGUAUUUUGCACUUUUUGCAAAGCUGUACAUAUACCCUAUUGAUCUGGCUGAUCCGGAUAGAUUGAAACUAAAAUUGUAAUAAAUAUCGUUUCAAGAACCAUGUGAAGGGAACCACGUGCGCUGUACUCACGAGACUACAGAAGACUCGGGUACCAGCUUAUAUCGUUUGUCAAGAAACUUUCAAAGAAGUCACUGCUGCCUAAUGUUACGUUUUUGUGAGAGAAUUCUAAAUAUGUGUUGGGAGGAUGCUAUGUUCUGUGUAGUUUUAACCACUGCUUAUCGAAUGGACAAACAUUCAGUCAAAAUUGCAAAAGGUUUCGUGAGCUUCUAGCAAGCGUGCUAAGACGCGAUGAAUCUGAAGCCAGUUUAGUAUAUAUCCCAAAGCUGUCACACCGUUAACUAUCAACAUUUAAGGAUGAGAUAUUUUCUGAAAACUCAAAACAACUUUAUCCUCUGCCAUCGAGGAUGUUUUUUUAAUUAAAAAAAAACUGAACAAUUUUCAUUUUCCAGUACUCUUUGAGCUUAUAAAAGAACACAACUCCUCUUUUCCGGAUAAACAAGAUUUACAAGGCUGUGCGUUAGCAAUUCUCCGGAUUCAAGAUGUCUAUAACAUCAGCGCAGAGAGAAUUGCCUCCGGAAAGCUAUCUCAUAAAACGCUUAGCCCUGAAAUGGACGCAGCACACUGCCUGGAAUUAGGAUUUAUGAGACAUCAAUGGGAGCAAUACGAGGAAGCGUAUGAGUGGUUAAUAGAGGCCUGGAAACGAAUGAAUCUGCAAGACAAUGGCAGUGGAAUUACAAAAAAAGACGUCCUCCAGUAUUUGUUUUGGGCGGAGUAUAAGGUAAUUUAACUAGAAAACUAUAUGUAACUUAUUACAAAAUUAAUUAAAUAACCGGCCUGCAUUGGCCCCUGGGACAGCACUGUGACAUCUUCACUAACGGCAAGGAGCGAGGCUAACAAUGGGACGAAAUAUAUUGUUUUCCGGCUGCUGGCAAAAUUCAAAGAGUGGUACCAACAACUCGGCUUUAGCCACUAGUUAAGGUCUCUAACUGAACUCAGGGGCACCCAGCGAGAAUAUAGUUCAAAACCACUUAAACAAUAAUAAUAGCAUUGUUUAACGUAUUUUAGUAUUAAACGGUAGAUAUAGGUAUAUUUUUAUCCCCUAAAAAUUUUUCAUUUGUUCGGAUCAAGUUGUUAGCCGAAAGUCUAGUGAUCCGAAGAUUAUAGGGGUCAAAAAUCAGCCGAAAACUUACCUUUUCGAAAAUUUCAGCCAGAAAAAAGGCUUCCGAAAAUUUAGGGUAAAAAGCUGUUAAAAAUGGGCAAUUGUACCAUUAUUUACAUGUUCCACAAUUCUAGGAGAGGCAGGCAAGCAAGAAAUUUUACUGAACGAAUGUUCCGAAAAUUCUAGAUCUCAAAUCGUCUUCCGAACAGAUAUUUUCCGAAAAUUGACGUUGGGUGCCCCUGUGAACUAGUGUCAGAAGAAUUUUUACUCCCUUCCGAUAAAAUAUCUUUCUUUACUAUGAGUUCGGCCCUAAAUACUCCAUCCCGCUUUAAGCUGACUGGGAAUUGAACAGCAUCGGAAAAGGAAGAAAAGGCUCAAGAUUGAGAGAGAUUAUGCACGAUUCACGCAGUAAAAUCGUUGAUAUCGUCGUUUCGCCCGCAGGUUGAUUCGCCCGAUGUGUAUUUGUCGUUAGUUAGGCCUCAGAAAAAGGAAUAAUCAUGGAACGACUGUGACUGCACAUGUGGAAUUCAAGGUUAACUAAAAUAACAUCUCGGGGAAGUAAGUCCAUCGUGUUGUAGAGUGUCGUCUAGCGAACGCUUUCGGGCGAAUCGGACUUUCGGACGAAACGGCCUCAAUUCAAUUCGUUUAGGUUAAAGAUCGUUAUUCACUAAUGCUUGUCCACACUGCAAAUAUGUGCCCGAUUUACCAUUCUUCCUCUUAAUAUCCGGCAUAAUCGUCCUUAUUCCUAGCCUGCGAGAAAGCUUUCCUGGGUUUCCGGGGGUACGGGGGUGGGGGAGGGAAAAGAGAAAGAGAGACGUGACUGCAAGCUCACCUUCCUUUCUCGCCCCGCCGCCAGAGCGCCCCGGAGAGCUUGCUCGCAGGCUACCUUAUUACCCACAUCUGGUUAGUUUCAUGUCCUUGAAUUUGCCAUGUUCACAAUGCGUUGACUGCAAGAUAAACUAAAAUUGCACCGUGUCAUGAUCAGGUAUGAAAAAAACCCAAUGUAUGAGCUACAAUUUUUUGUUACAGUGGUAUAAAUUAAGAGAAAAUACAUCAAAUAUCGAAUAACUUUACUUUCCUCUCCUUCCAGACGGGUAGAAUUGAAAGCGCUCUUAAUCAUACCAACGAAUUGCUCAAAGAAGGUAUGGUACUAUGAUUGAUUAUGAACCCUCAUCAAGUUAAACCUAGAUGCCUGUUUCCUGCCACCUCACAGAAUUUUUGGCGCGAAUUCAUGACACGGGAAACGCAACUCUUUCCCAUCUCCUAACAGAUUUUUCCAGGGAACAGCCUGGAACCAUUGUAAACCCAAAGGCGCAUUUACAGCCCGGCGGGUUCUUUGCUCGCAUGUGAGUCCUUUUCCCCUAUAUAGUAAACUAUGUUGGUGAGUUCCAACACGCACCAAACAGCUGGCUCUGCGCAUGCGUUAGGUACUUAAGUACUGGCCAUCCAACUGGCCAUCCCACGGAGUUCCACAAAAGAGUUUGGUUCUGUGGGUAUUUUUUCUUUUUGAGUUUGGUCUUACCGCUAUUUCCAUAGGAUUACUACUCUACGUUAUUUAAUAGGUUUAUUUAAUAUUGCUCUAUGUUAAAAAAUGCAAUAAAGGCGAUAUUCCAGCUAGAUUAAAAAAUCCAUUCAAGUGACAUUGUAUGUGCUUAGUUUUUGCUUGGAUUUUUUAUUAUUCUGUUUUAGAACCUGACGACGAAGUAUUACAACAAAACAAGAUGUACUUUGAAGACAGAGUGCGUAAGAUGAAGGAUGGAGAGUUAAGUGAGGAAGAACGUGAUACUGAAGAUGAAGAGGAAAAAUCUGAUGUUAGCAAGAAAGUAAAAUCAAAAGAAGAAUACAUAUUGCGUUAUGAGCAACUUUGCAGGGGCAAUUCAACUAAGGUACAAAAAUAUUUUUCGUGCUCUGAACACGAGAGCCAUGCAAAAAAAAUGUAUCAUAGGAUAAAGUACUUUAUUAUAUAUAUACAAAUGAAAUACCAAGUGAGCUUUCAGGCGAAAACUUGAUAUCUUCACAUGUGAAAAGUAACAUGUAUCUUCACAUGUGAAAACAUCACUGUUGCUGAGGCUACAUAAUAAAUCGCACCUUUCACACCAAAAAACUAUUUAAAUAAAAUGGUUUGUAUUUUAUUGGUGUUUAUAUAAAAUAAAACAUUACAUUGUCGCUUGGAGAUCCGAAAUUUCUCUUCUCGUGUUGACAAAAAUAUUUCACUCGUUCGCUGCGCUCACUCGUGAAAUAUUUUUCAAUACUCGAAGAGAAAUUUCGUAUCUCCGCGCGGCUAUAUAAUAUUCUCUAUAUAAUCAUUAAGGUUAUCCACAAUUUGAGGAGCUGUGGAAGCCUAACGAUACAAGAGGACAAAGAAAUGUAAGCCAAGCGCGAGAAUUUCAUGAGUGCGAAGAGGGACAAAAAGCGGCACGGAUAUCCAAAGCCUGUUCAGAAUAUUUCGACCACAGUUUCAUAAAAUGAAGAAGAGGUUAUUUAAUUAAUAGCUAGGAUAAUAAAUGAAGGUAGAAAGGAAGGAAGUAAUGAUAUCUUUGACGUAUUCGCCAAAACCCUUUGGUUUUUAUAGAGUCAAGCUGACCAAGAUAAGCUGACAUGCUACUACUACGACAAAGAUCCUUUGCUACUCAUCAAACCCGUAAAAGUUGAGAUGGCAAAUCUGGAACCAGAUAUUUACCUUCUACACGACAUCAUCCGAGAUUCAGAUAUUGAAUUCAUUAAAAACCUUGCUGCUCCAAGGGUAGGUUUUUACCAACUUCUUUACGGCACGCUUGACACUUGCUAGAAGAUAGCUUAUAGAAUUAAGGACCUCAUCUUUUCUUGGGUAGCACCAUGAAAAGAAAAGGUCAACAAGCUUGUUCGUUUUGACCUUUUGCAUUGACGGUGGUACCGUAAAAUUCCGAAAAUAAGCCCCUCCAUGUAUAAGCCCCUCCAAAUAUAAGCCCCCCAAAAUCGUAACGCAAAAAACCGUCCGUUCAAUUGCCCCUCCAAAUAUAAGCCCCCCGGGGUAGGCUUUGGUAGAUUGUGCUAGCAUAAUUUUAAGCAUAAUUCAGCAAAACGAGCAUUAUGUUAAGCUUUUAUUUCAGUUUAGCACUGCUGGCAUAAUCUGAGCUUUUAUGCGUUGAAAACAAAAAAACACAUCAUAGCUCUAGAAUAAUUCAGUUUGUGUUUUAUUUCUGUAUUGUUUUUGGAAAAUAUUGAGGUCUGUGCUAAGGCCCAUGGUCAAAUAUGGUCCGGCAGGCGGCAGAGGUCACCCUGUGCGUAAGACUGAGACUCAGGCCACCACGCUUACAGGUCUCGACUGGUGUGUGCCUUUGGUGUGAGCGGGCUUCUGCUACAGUAAGCUGAAAGUAAUGAUGAUGGUGAUAAUAAUAAUAAUAAUAAUAAUAAUAAUAAUAAUAAUAAUAAAUUGUCUAAAUUAUUGAAUAAUAGUAAUAAUGAUGGUGAUGACGAUGAUGAUGAAUUAUCUAAAUUUUUCAUUAUUUAUGCAUUGUCUUAGCUUCAGAGAGCUUCUAUUACAAACGGAAAAACUGGGAAUCUGGAAUUUGCUGAUUAUCGGAUCAGCAAAAGGUAAAAGAGUUUAAGACAAUCAUACUCCUGUAUAUGUGCAAAAUAAUAAAUAUUUAAAAAAACAAUCUUCCUCACAGCUUAUUGAUUGAAGUUUGUUUAUUUCCUCCUAACCCGGAAAUUCCAAUGUUGUAUUUCCUAACCACUCAAAACUUCCUAUUAUCUCAGCGGUUGGUUAGAAGAUUACGAAGGAGAAGUCAUUGAACGGCUGAGUUUAAAGUUAGAGGCUGUGACAGGAUUGUCAACUGCCAGAAUUCACAGUGAACCGCUCCAGGUAAUACAAUCUCAUUAGCAUUAGUAAACAAAAAACUAAAUAAACUAAACAACCAAAUAAACAAACCAGUAAAACGUAUUCCUAAGGAAGAGAACUAAGGUUGUUUUUACAGAGAGGCAUUGGACAGCUUUUCAUUUAUUGAGAACAGUCUCUAGUUUUUAGGCCUUCUUCUUACAAACCUGAGAGUUACUGGGGAUAUAUACUCAUAACGGUGUGGUCUAUUACUUAAUUACAUUCCAUAAAACAAUGUUGGCCUAAUAUUUAAUUUUACCAAAUUAGUUUAUUCAAAGAACUUAAUACAAGUGCUCCUAAAAUGAAAGAAUGAACAGCUAAUGGAGAGUGAGCCUUCUCAGAAUUGUAAUUCAAACUGAUUCUUAAGGUACCCACUUGAGGUUUCAGCCAAGAAUAAAUGAUCUAUUAUCAAUUUACAGGUUGUUAAUUACGGUAUUGCUGGACAAUUCGAACCACAUGUGGAUCAUGCCACGGUAAAUAUCCAACUCUGUAUAUCUUUAUCAGUUUCUAAAUUUUUAGCUGGUCAACUCAGUCAGGUCAAGUAACGCAACAAUAUUUCAUCUAAAAGUAAACACUUUGCUUAGGACGUCGGCAUACUUUUAUCAUUGUAGUACUUGCCUAGUUCCCAGACUCAAUUAGUCCGCGCGGCCUAUGUUCUGUGCCGUUCGUUUCGGAUACUGGAUCUAGAUAACUGAACGAAAAGUCCUGGGAAAAUGUUGUACAGGACAAGUUAAUGGUAUUUUCAAGUUUGAAGAUGUUUAAUUUAAGCUUACUUUUUAAAGUUAUAAUAACUCUCUGAUGAUUUAAUGCAAGUUAGGUUCUGGGUUAUAUUAUGACUCGACAAGUUUGAGGUUUAUCAUAUACUCUUCCUCUGUAUGUGGUUCAAGCCCUUAUCUGAUUCAUGAUGUUAAGAUGCAUGACGAAGGACUAACCUGAGAAAACAGCCGACGUUUCGCGACACCACCACUGGUUUCCCGGCGACAUGAAAUCUGAGAAACGAGCAUACUAAUGACGUGUCACUACCCAGAUCUGGGAAAUGCUUGUGAUCGGCUGAAGCAAAUUUCCCACGCGGCACGACCAAUCAGACUGAGUUAGCACUACCCAGAUCUGGGUAGUGACGCGUCAGUAUUGAGUUUGUGUGCUCUUUUCUCUGACGUAAUUUCGCGGCCGGGGAAACCGCGUCGCGAAAUGUCGGUUGUUUUCCGGCUCAGACUAAGGAAGGAUUAUAGACAUUUAGUAAAUCCAGCUAGUGGUCUAUUCUCAAUGCUGCGGUCUGAUUGGUUGAGCUACUUUUAGGCUAUAUGUUAUAGCUUACCAGUAGCGAAAAGCGCCGGCUUUGAAAACCAAAACAAUGGUGGCUGAAUCGCGUUUUGCUAGCUUAAGUUGUUCAGUUUGUCUCGAUAUUUUUGACCAACUAGUUGGGUUUCCGUUUACUAAAACAAUUAUUCCUCUCGCCCGCUGAGUAAAUAGCUAUUGACUCAGAGCCCAUUCGGGCUCGAGGAAUAAUUGUUAAAUGUUUGUUAAUAGGUUUUAUUCCCUUUUAAUAGGAUAACAAAUCAGCUAUUCUCAGAAUGGGAAUGGGCAAUAGGAUCGCUACCGUUUUGAUAUAUGUAAGUAUCCCAUAUUAAAGUAUAUAUAUAUGUGAAAAAAUUACUUUAUUUGAGUGUCAAUGUAUUAAACACGAAAGUACUAUUUCUACUUCUCCUACUAGAGACUGGGCCGCCAUUUUUCGUGGUCAUCCUAGCCACGUGAAGGUCUAGCCGUUUGCUCGCAGGGCAAAGUUAGUAACUUUAUUUCUCAACUAUUUAAAGACCCUGAGUAUUGGUCCUACUCCGGGAAUCGAAACACAACCUCCCGCUCUGCAAUCAUCAAGCGCUUUACCGACUGAGCUAAUCCUGCCGAGGUUGCAGGUUAUGUAUAUAUCUGAGUUCUUGGCUAGUCUAUCAAUGAGGUUAUGAAAUGAGAAGAUGUGGCAAAAUCACCUUUGAUAUGAGCUUUGGGUAGAAAUACAGCAGUAAAUAUUUGUUGUGUACUCUCCGUUGCACAAUCCAAAUAAACUUGGAAGGUUUUAAAAUCUUGUUUGCUCAUCAUUUUAGCGUCUUUUUUAUGUUUCCUUAGAUGACAGAUGUGGAAGCAGGCGGUUCCACCGUUUUCCUAGAUGCAAAAACGAUAAUCAAACCGCAAAAGGUGACAAUUAAAUAACAAACAAAUCGUUUGUACCUGGUAGAACUGAUUCUAAAGAACUAGAAAAGCGUUGUUAAGAAUACUUUCUCUAGGGUUGUUAAUCGUGAUUUGCUUGGUCAAAAGACAUGUGAAUAAAAUUCUACAUGUACAGUGCGCUUGAAGUGAGCGGUUUUCUAGGUGCAAUUUGUUAAAAAGUGAUUGAAUUGGGUAGCCUAUUCCAAGCUCCAAGAUAUUAAUGUUUAGAGAUCGUAAGGCGCUAUACCUCCCCUUCCCCAGAUCACGCGUGUCACAUUUUCGCUUGGCUUGUUUCGCACGCGAGCUCUCUACUAUUAAGAGCCUGGCACAGGCUAUGAAUUGGGUAUAUUAAGUAUAUGCCUUAGUCAUUAAUUAUUCAUAACUUUGCUUGGUAGGGCACUGCUGCCUUCUGGUACAAUCUUCUCAAAUCAGGAGAGCCUGAUGCAUCGACACGACAUGCAGCCUGUCCAGUUAUAGUUGGCACAAAAUGGGGUGGGUAUACUUACUCAUCAAUGAUGGCUUGAGGUUUUCUCCUCCGAAGAGGCUUCUUUGUGUCAUAAGGAGGACUGGCGAGAGGAAAAAAUUCACCAUUUUCACAUAGACCACAAUGGACCUUGUUUACUCCGCCUUCCCUUAACCCCCCCUCUCCCCCCCCCCCCCCCCCCCCGGAAAAAAAUGCAUACCUAUUGUCUUUGAUUCUUCUUGGGAUGAUUGUAAUUGUAAUACCUAGGAGAAAAAAAUGGAAAAAAAUGUUUUUGCAAAAUUUUGGUGAGGGGAGGGGGGUGGGGGGUGGCUAACAAGUCGCGUUAUUUCUAUGUAAAAAUGGUGAAUGAAAGCGCGUUGGGGACGACUUCGUCCAGUGAGCCCUUACUUUUUUAAAUUAUUGCUAUUAUUAGAAUACCCAGUGGGGGUUCUGUAGUAGAGAGAGGGCCGGAUAACGAACGUAGGUCCUUUGGCUGUCCGGUGGUUUUUUGGUGUCAAUAGCCUAGUCGUGCAAUAUGUUCCUCAGUUCCUAUGUCGAAUACUUGCAAAUGACGCAUAUUCCUUCCUUUCAGUGUGCAACAAGUGGAUUCACGAAUACGGGCAAGAAUUCCGUCGGAGAUGUGGCAAAACUCUUGAAGAAGUGUAA